AGGAGGAAGCUGCAGCUGAUCCUCUCUCUGUCUCUCUCUCACACACACACACACACACACACACACUCUCCUCCUCCUCCUCCUCCUCUCAGCCAGCAGCCGGAUCACUCAGGAAUAUUUAUCCCCGCUACUCCCGCUGAAGGCUGAGACACAGGACGCCUGCUUGGUUCCGUCUGGGAGUUUUUUCCGCCUCACUUCGCUGAAGCUGACCAUGUCUGGCGCGUCGGACCACAGCCGGCGGUUCUGCGUGCUGUCCUGGGAUCAGGUGCAGCGCCUGGACUCCAUCCUGGGGGAAGCCAUCCCCAUCCACGGCCGGGGGAACUUCCCCACGCUGUCCGUGCAGCCCCGGCAGAUCGUCCAGGUGGUGCGGAUGAGGCUGGCGGAGAGAGGCAUCUGUGUUAAAGACGUGAGGCUGAACGGCUCGGCGGCCAGCCACGUGCUCCAUCAGGACACCGGGCUGGGCUACAAGGACCUGGACCUGAUCUUCGGCGUGUCUCUAAAGGACGACCAGGCUUUCCGUCUGGUGAAGGACGUUGUUCUGGACUGCCUGUUGGACUUCCUGCCGGCCGGGGUCUCCAAGGAGCGCAUCACGGCACUGACCCUCAAAGAGGCCUACGUACAGAAACUGGUGAAGGUCUGUAACGACACGGACCGCUGGAGCCUCAUCUCGCUGUCCAACAACACGGGGAAGAACGUGGAGCUUAAGUUUGUGGACUCUUUACGGCGGCAGUUCGAAUUCAGCGUGGACUCCUUCCAGAUCUGCCUCGACUCUCUGCUCCUGUUCGACCGCUGCUCGGAGACGCCCAUGUCCGAGAGCUUCCACCCCACCGUGAUCGGGGAGAGCGUGUACGGGGACUUCAAGGAGGCCAUGGAUCACCUGUGUCAGCGGACCAUAGCCACGCGCAGUCCCGAAGAGAUCCGGGGGGGCGGCCUGUUGAAGUACUGCCACCUGCUGGUGCGCGGGUUCCGGCCCUCCUCGGAGGCGGACAUGAAGCAGAUGCAGCGCUACAUGUGCUCGCGCUUCUUCAUCGACUUCCCCGACAUCGGCGAGCAGCAGAGGAAGCUGGAGGCUUACCUGCAGAACCACUUCGCCGGGAUGGAGCACAAGCGGUACGAGUGCCUGAUGACUCUGCACCACGUGGUGAACGAGAGCACGGUGUGUCUGAUGGGCCACGAGCGGCGCCAGACGCUCACCCUCAUCUCCAUGCUGGCCCUCAAGGUGCUGGCGGAGCAGAACGCCAUCCCCACCGUCACGAACGUCACGUGCUACUACCAGCCGGCCCCGUACGUGCAGGACAUUAACUUCAGCAACUACUAUAUUGCGCACGUGCAGCCGCCUCAGCUGUCGCCGUGCAGUAAUUCAUAUCAAACAUGGCUGCCCUGCAGCUGAGCACGGCGCGACCGCACUGGACUGGAAGCCGGAGAGUGACCCAUGUUUGCCAAAUGUGACUUGACUAAAACAAUCCUGUACUGCUGUACAUCUGAUUGAGCCCACAUUUUUUUUUUUUUUCUUCCUCAGUUGUUUCUCUUGCAAAACAUCUGUAAGAUUGCUGGUCAUUUCUGAGAUGUAGCGAUUAUAUCUUAUUUAAGUAUUAAGAAAAAAAAAAAAGAUGUCUUUUGGAAACCCAUUGUCAGAAA